UCAAAGACAAACCCAUUUCAUCUCAUCUCAUCAUGCAAGAGAGAGAAACACCAUAUCCAUCAAUAUCGUCACUGCUCCUCCUUACGCUUUCCUUUUCUUCCUUAUUCUCUCUACCCACCCCCUUUUUUGUUAACCUAACCCUACAAUUAUCACACCCAAAUACCACAAUUACAAUCACAAUUUUACCUAAUUCCUCACCCUAGAUCUCACACCAAAAUCUUCUUUCUUUUUCACCAUCUCAUUUCUUUUUCAUUUUCUUCCGUUAUACCUUUUUUUUUCCUUUCUUUUUAUCUAUUCAUGGAUUCCAGUUCUGGGUGCCGACAAUUUGUGGCAUUUAAUAUUUACUCAAUUUGGAAUUAGGGGUUGUGGUUUGCUUAGGGUUCCAAAGAUUAUCGCUCCCCCCCCCCCCCCCCCCCCCCUGAAUGGAACCUCGUGUAGGGAAUAAGUUUCGGCUCGGCCGGAAGAUCGGUGGCGGCUCGUUUGGCGAGAUCUAUUUAGGUACUAAUAUUCAAACUAACGAAGAGGUUGCAAUUAAGCUUGAAAAUGUCAAGACAAAGCAUCCUCAGUUGCUGUACGAGUCCAAGUUGUACAGAAUUCUCCAGGGAGGAACUGGAAUUCCAAAUGUUAGAUGGUUUGGGGUGGAAGGAGAUUACAAUGUUCUAGUGAUGGAUCUGCUUGGACCUAGUCUUGAAGAUCUAUUUAACUUCUGUAGUAGAAAACUAUCACUAAAGACAGUUCUCAUGCUUGCUGAUCAAAUGAUCAACCGUGUUGAGUUUAUUCAUUCUAAAUCAUUUCUACACCGGGAUAUCAAACCGGAUAAUUUUCUGAUGGGAUUAGGAAGGCGUGCAAACCAGGUUUAUGCUAUUGAUUUUGGUUUGGCUAAGAAAUACAGAGAUAGUUCAACCCAUCAACACAUUCCUUACAGGGAAAAUAAGAAUUUGACUGGAACCGCAAGAUAUGCUAGCAUGAAUACUCAUCUUGGCAUCGAGCAAAGCCGAAGAGAUGAUUUGGAGUCUCUUGGUUAUGUUUUGAUGUACUUCCUGAGAGGAAGUCUUCCUUGGCAGGGACUUAAAGCAGGAACCAAGAAACAGAAGUACGAGAGAAUCAGUGAAAAGAAGGUUUCUACCUCGAUUGAAGCCUUGUGUCGAGGUUAUCCAACAGAAUUUGCAUCAUACUUCCAUUACUGCCGCUCAUUGAGGUUUGAUGAUAAGCCAGAUUAUGCUUACCUCAAAAGGAUAUUUCGUGACCUAUUUAUUCGUGAAGGAUUCCAGUUUGACUAUGUUUUUGAUUGGACCAUUUUGAAGUAUCAGCAAUCACAGCUGGCCACUCCUCCAGCACGAGCCAUUGGUCCUAGUGCUGCAACCAGUUCUGGAAUGCCACCGGCUGUUACUAAUGCUGAUAGACAUACAGGAGGGGAAGAAGGGCGACCUCCUGGUUUGAUUUCUGUGGAUUCGAGACGAAGAAUGUCAGGGCCCAUUUUAAAUUCUUUAUCAACUGCCAAUAUCUUGGGUCAGUCAAGUGGAUCUUCAAGGCGAGUUGCUGCUUCUAGUAGCCGUGAUGCAUUUGCAGGUGCCGAGUCAGAUGUUCGUACUCGUACUGCUGAGGCUAGCUCCAGAAUUUUGAGCGGGCAAAGAAGUUCACCAAUUGGAUCUUCUGAUCCUCCCAAGAGAGUAUCAUCUGGGAGAAAUGCUUCUCAUGUAAAAAAUUAUGACUCUGCCCUUAAGGGCAUGGAGGGUUUGCAGUUAGAGAAUGAUGAGAGGGUCCAUUAUUGAUCUCACCUGCUGAUCUAGUGAAGUCUAUGAGUUGAUAGGCACUGCAAAAGUUGCUUAUGUUGCUAAGUUGAGCUGUGAGGAAAUUUGGAUCUGAAAUUGAAAUUCUGGGUUUGUUUUGUUAACUCAUCUGCUCAAACCGAUGAAGCUGAGAAGCUGAAAUAAUUUGAGCUAAGCCAGGGAUUGUGCUUGCUGUAAAGCUCAGGUUUAAUUGGCACUUCGCUUCUGGUGGCAUGAACUUCUAAUUUUUAUAACAUUUUCUGUGAGUUAUUAUAUUGGUUUAUCAGAUGUUUACAGUGUCACGUGGACCACAAAGGUCAAAACUAUCAAAUACCAGCAAAAAUGUAAUUAGCCAUUGUACUCUUGUUGGAUAAGAUUCCCAUGGUUUCCACGAUGUAAGUAUCUGGAAAUUAUUCGGGCAUUAGGAACUUGGAAUGUCCUACCUUUUGAGGUUCAUAUUUAAGCUUAAAUCAUAGUAUCUCUCUAGUUUUUCCCAGUUAUCUGUCCCAAUAAACUUGUAUGGAAUUUUAUUUCAAUCUGUGAAAAAGGUUUUCAUUAAACUGGA